AUGAAACGUCAUUUGACUCCAUUUGCUUCUCGUUGUUUGUACUCUUGCCGGUCUCCUUCUGUUGCACAACCAUACACACACACACACACACACACAUGCACACACACGAACGCAUGCCUAUCUUUCAGGCUCGUAUUGCUGCCCCACAAACUAGCCCUGACACGCAGACACGUAAGUUCACUUUGUCCCCUGUCCGAACUCGCAGAGCCUCGGAGGCCUCGGUUGGAGGAGGUCGACGGCGCGCCUCCCUCCUCGUCCGAUCACGGCCGGCGGGAGGGCGGAAUGUACCGAAAAACGUGCUGUCCAACGGUGGCCAGAUCCUCGUCGCCGGGCCGGGACGAGGGAUUGUCAAACCGGCCGCGUUUUGUCCAAGAGACCUACAAGCCUCUCGGAGGAGGCGCAUUGCGUCGACGUCCGAGUCGCCUGUCGGGCUUCGAGGCGGCCGCGAUCGAGUUCGGUGUGGACGGUGGGUGA